AUGGAGCAGCAAGUCCGUUUAUUAAGGCCGUUUAGUAAGAGUGAUGUGAAGAAGGCUCUUUUCAGCAUUCAUUCUUCUAAAAGUCCUGGGUUGGAUGGUUUUGGAUCAGGCUUUUUCAAGGGGCUCUCGGAAGUGCUUCCUUUCCUAGUUCAUAGCAACCAAGGGGCCUUCAUUAAGAACAGAAAUCUUGCUCAUAAUAUCAUGAUCUUCCAGGAUCUCCUAAAAGGGUAUACUAGGAAGAAUAUUUCAGCAAGAUGUAUAAUGAAGAUCGAUCUUAGCAAAGCCUACGAUACAGUCGAUUGGCACUUUGUGGAGGAGCUUCUUAAGAAUCUUUGCUUCCCUUCUCGAUUUAUUAAUUGGAUUCUGGUCUGUUUAAAAGGAACGAGCUACAGUCUCCUCAUGAAUGGUAGAAUUCAGGGUUCCUUCAAAGGGGAAAAAGGUCUUCGUCAAGGUGACCCUAUAUCUCCCCUCUUAUUUGUCCUGAUUAUGGAGUACCUCACCAGACUUUUGGCUCACAAUUCUGGUAAAAAAGGAUUUGGCUUUCAUCCUUUGUGCAAACAUCUUAGAUUAACUAACCUUUGCUUUGCAGAUGAUUUGAUUAUUUUUUGCAAAGGCAAUAUCAAUUCGGUGAGAGGCAUUCAAGAUGCUUUCAAGAAGUUCUGUGAUUCUACAAGUCUUUCUGCGAAUAAAGCUAAAUCUCAUAUCUUUUUUGGAGGAGUUAAAGAAGAAGUUAAAAUCAAGAUUCUUGGCCUGAUGCAAAUGGAUGAAGGUUCAUUUCCUUUGAAGUAUUUAGGGGUUCAUCUUAGGCCUACUAAAUGGAAGGCUUCAGAGUGUGGGGUGAUUUUGGAUAAACUGAACAAGAACCUCAACUGUUGGGCGAGUAGGAAUUUAUCAUUUGCUGGUUGGGCUCAACUUAUUCACUUGGUUAUGCUUGGUAUUAGGAACUUUUGGAUGAGUAUUUUCAUUCUGCCUUAUAAAGUUACAGCUGCUAUUGAUAAAUGUUGUCGAGAUUUCCCCUGGGGUUCAAGUGGGAAUAGGAGUAAGCUUCAUCUCCCUUCUUGGGAGAAGGUGUGUCUCCCGAAAAAAUUGGGUGGUAUUGGCUUUCGUGAAGGAAAGAAAUGGAACAUGGCUUUGAUGGCCAAGUAUAUAUGGGCUUCCUCUAGCAAACAAGACUGUCUUUGGGUUAGAUGGAUCAACUCCAUUUACCUUAAAGAUCAAAACAUUUGGAGUAUUCCAAUUAAGCAAGAUAUGAGUUGGUAUUUUAAGAAGCUGCUAAAGCUUAGGCAAGUUAGUGAUGAAGUUUCUUUGAGACAAGCUGAAAAGGGAGGUAAAUUUCGAGUUAAGCAAUUUUAUACUUCUCUGAUUUCUGCUCAAAAAGUUGUGUAUGCUGAGACUAGAUCACUUGAGCCACUUCUUGCCUAUCCAAUCUUCUUCAUGCCCUGUUUGUGA